UCCCCUCCUGGCUUCCUUCCUUCCCUCCUUCCUUCCUCCCUAACUGCCCUACUAGUGCAGACCCUCCCCUCUUCCGUGAUCACAAUGGAGUCCGUCCUGAAUCCGCUGCCACAGUUCCCAGAAAACUCCUAUAAAAUGACUGAGGAGGAUGUGAAGCGGCUGAUAGAGUUCAGGGCGUCCAAUGAGGCUCUGUUCACAGGGAAAAGAAACUCUGCCAAGAUAGCGUGGAGCACCAUCCUGAAAGGCCUGGGCCUCGAAGGCAAGCUGACAGCAGACCAGAUCGCCAAGAAAUGGGACAACCUGAGGACAAAAUACAAGGACCUGAAGCAGCCCUACCAGGGCCAGGACAGCAUUGGGGGUGUUGUGGAGUCGUGGCCCUGGUUCCACAUCAUGGAUGAAGCCAUGCAGGGUCGCCUCUACAACAGCAACCUGGUGCUGAGCCCAGAGACUGCCAGCCAUGCUGGCCACCGCUGCAGCAGCCAGCAGAACCAGAACCAGGAGAACACCGACAUCCUGGAGUUCCUCAUCAAAACGGAGAUGGAGGACACUGUGGCAGCAGAAACAGCAGAGGAUGAUGGGACGGUUCACACAGAAGCUCCUCCUGCUGAGGGAGUCCCUAUGGGCUGGAGGAGGAUGACCGAGUGCUCCUAUAAAAUGACUGAACCGGAAACAGAAAGAAUGAUCAAACUCCGAGCUGCCAACGAAGCGCUCUUCACGGGCAGGAAACAUUCGGCCAAACCGGCCUGGAGGGCCAUCCUGUACGAGUUGGGUCUUCAGGGGAAGCUGACCACAGAUCAGUUAGCAAAGAAGUGGGACAACCUGAAGAGGAGGUACAAGGAGCUGAAGUUUCCUGCUCGGGGCGUGGAGACAAACCCGAGCUCCUGGCCUUGGUUUUACCGAAUGAACGACGCCAUGGAGGGACGUUUCGCCGGCGCGGCCCCCAUCCUCACGCCUAUCGUGGAAGACGAAGACGAGGACUGCGAGCCGCUGUCGCCAACACCCAAGAAACGAGCCCGCCGGAGCCGAGGGGGGAUGACCGAGUUCUUGACAGAGUCUGAGAUGGACCUGCUGGUCGAUAACGAAGAGAAGAACGGAUCCACGGCUCUGGGAGAUCUGCACCGCAUGGCCGAGUUCACCUACAAAUUGACAGAGGAAGACACCAGGCGGCUCAUCGAGUUACGAGCUGCCAACGAGUCUCUGUUCACCGGCAGGAGGAACACCGCCAAGCCGGCCUGGAGGGGAAUAGUGAAGGAGAUGGGUCUGACGGGGAAGAUAACACCUGACCAGGUUGCCAAGAAGUGGGACAACCUGAAGACCAAGUUCAAGGACCUGAAGUUUCCUCCUCGGGGGAUGGAGGGCCAGACUAACCCGGCCUCCUGGCCUUGGUUCCAGCUGAUGAGCGACGCCCUGGAGGGACGCUUGGCGGGCAAAGCUCCCAGAGUGACACCCGUCUGGAGCAGCGAGGAAGACGGCGUCUUUGGCUCGUCUCCACCUGCUGACAGAGACUGUUUGAUGGCAGAGCGGAGCAGCGUGUCGGAGCUGGAGGGCAUAGUGGGCGGAGACAACGCAGACGCUGAUGGGAACGUCACCUACAUCGACGCCAGCGGAGAGGAGUGUUCGACGCCCUCGGACCUCUCAUAUAAAAUGACAGACCAGGACACCAGGAGGAUGAUUAAACUUCGAGCCGCUAACGAGACGUUGUUCACUGGGAGGAGAAACGCCGCCAAAGCUGCCUGGAAGGCCAUCCUGAAGGAGCUUGGGCUGCAGGGGAAAGUCUCCACCUACCAGAUGGCAAAGAAAUGGGACAAUCUGAAGAGGAGAUACAAGGACCUGAAGUAUCCUCCUGUUGGGAUGGAGAGCGUAGCAGACGGCUCCUCCUCCUGGCCGUGGUUUCACCUGAUGAACGAGGCCAUGGAAGGCCGCCUGGCGAGCAGCGCGCCCCUCCUCACUCCUGUCACUCAGGACGACGAGCAGCAACUUGACCCCGCCCCCAGACACCGGCCCCGCCCUGCCCCGCCCCCUCCCCCCUCGGCCUCGGCGGACUACAGGCCGGAGCCGUUCGGUGACGGCGCCGAGCAGAACCAGCGCAGCUCAGAGACGUGCGACGGUCCGCUGGGAGGACUGGAGAGGGAGUGGGAGAUGGUGGAGAGGGAGAGGGCGGCGCUGGAGCGAGAGAGGGAGAUGGUGGAGAGAGACAGGGCGUCCGUGGAGAGAGAAAGGGCGGCGGUGCAGGCGGAGAGGCUGUGGCUGGACAGGGAGAGGGCGGCGGUGGAGCGGGACAGAGCCAUGGUGGAGCAGGAGAGAGCGACGCUGAGCCGAGAGAGGGAGGUGCUGGACCAGAGAGCCUUAAUGCUGAACUCUGUUGGACACUCUGGACACCUCAACGCCCUCAUGUAGACGUCAGUGUAGAGACAUGCUGGUCUGUGGAGCAGGUCUGGAGACCGCAGAGGGGAGACCGCAGAGGGGAGCCUGCGACGCGGUGGCGAGCCUCGUUUGGAUGUAGACCCGUGGGCUGUCGGUCGAGUGGACCCGGCUGAGCGAAGUCCUGCAGACGUGCACCACCAGGGGGCGGAGGAGGGCCGCGCAAUUAAUAACAUAAUCAUCUCAACCGUGAUCUUUCCUGCCACGCCUGAUUUGGAUUUUUAAGAUACCGACUGACCGACAUCAGGCCAGUCGGACCAGUGGGUCUACUCGCCCACAGUCAGUUUCCACUUGCUCCUGUACAAACUCUUUUAUUUAUUAUCAAAUAACAACAACAACGACUGACGUUGAUUGUCAUGUUUAAUCUCAUGUGAGUUGCUCAGCUGGCGUUUCUCCCACGUCCUCUAACGCAACACAACCAAACUGCUGUUUCCAGGGUAACUGUAACAUUCGCUUGUGCUUCAGCUCAUUCACGUCUUUACCUGCCGCCAUUUUCUCACGAGUGGCUGGUCUGUACUGAGCAUGUGCGUCCUUAAUUCUCACCCUCAUUGUUGAGCCCUGAGAUGUUGUCAUGUUGUCCGAUUAUUCUGUGGAACAAACGCAGAGACUGUACAAACAUUCUGAUUGGUUACCGUCAUGAGUAACAGCCAAUCCGCUCUGAAUAAUCUGAAUCUGUGAAGUGACCACAAACUCCAUCACUAGUUCUUCUAAACUUUGACACUAAGAUCUCGGUCUGUGGGACCCUGAGCCAAUCAUUUCCUUUCCUCACUUCCUCUGAAAACACGCAGGCAGUCAGUUAGCAGACAUGAUGCUGAAGGUGGAGGCGAAAAACAACACAUCAGUAUUCAACCAAUCACACGUGGCCUUUGUUCUCCAACAGCUGACCUCACAGCGUCCUACAGCUCUGAACACACACACACAGCGAUGAGACGUGACGAGGCGUCCUGACGUUUCUCGGUAUCACUGUCUCAACGUGGACGCCCACUAAAGACUCGGCUUACCUGAGACAGCACACCUGUAAGGACUCCCCGACACACGAAUCGCUGGGCAGAGGCGAUCGACUGCCUGCACGGAUCUCGUAGCUCCAUUUCCUACUUCCGGUUUCCACUUUGUGCACAGCAUGUAGUGCAGCAUCAGAUCUGGUUCCAGUCAGACCAGUUUCAGUUUCACUCGGUUUCUGUUUUCUCUCAGUUUAACAUGUUCACACAAGAUGAAAAAUCUUGAUGAAUUAUUGUACCUUCGAAAAAGUAACUCACCUUUUGCUUGUGGUCAUAGUUGUGCAGCUCUUCCUGUUCCUCUUGACCCUGCAGGUGGACCCCAGUCACAUGGAGACCAGGAGGAGGUUUAAUGAGCUGGACACAAACAUGUAAACUCUGAACGUGGACUCAAGUGUUUCACGCAGAACCCAAAGACGUGUCCCAUUUUUGUAUUUAUUUACAAAGUCAUUGUUUGUAUUGUUUUUUUAUUGGAAAGUCGUGAUGGCAGGCAGAGCUGCUGUGGAGCCCCAGUUUGUUCCUCCUGAACGUCUGGACGGGAAGGUGUUUCCUCGUCACACAUCUCACAGAGACAAAAGCUUCUCUCGCUGCUCGGUUUGUACGACAUGAAACGAGAUUAAAAGGUUUCAGAUGAA